UAUGGGAGUAAGGAUUUUAAAACUCCGACAUGAAUAAAGAUGCAUAAUUGGUCCACAUCAGUUCUUUAUAAUUGCGGCAUGGGAGAAAAAGAUUCGCGCUUGUUGAAGUCUGUAUUGGCAGUAUGUGGUUGUUAAGUCUGCUUUUCGUAUACGGUUUCUUACCUUUCUUCAGCUGUGAGGAAUGUAUUAAAAAGCUUGUGGAAUGCUCCAACUUACGAGUUGAAGUGCAGAUGGCCCAAUAUUUACCGGCUGCAGAUGAAGGUCUUGAAAAAUUAUGCGGUGUUCAAGGGCAAUACAUCGAAUGCCUUUUUAAUGUUUCUCAAAUAUGCGACGAAGAACUUUCUGCCACGAUCAAGCUGACGUUUAUGAACAACGAAGAUUUCAUUAAACAAUUCUGCAAACGGGGUUCAGAUUGGUGGAAAAGUUUUAUGAAAAGUUCUCGGUGUAUUAACCAGCAAAAUUUCAAAAGCUGCGUUACUGCCGAUAAUGCCGGCAUUCUUAAAGAAAAAUUUGAGAUGCGAAGAAGAUGUUCGGUUCUUAAUCACUUAAUGGCUUGUGGUGCUACAAUGAUUCUGGAGAAGUGUGGCUUUGAAGCAGAAAACUUAUUCCUGAGUCUCGCAGUUUUUGUUUCAGAUUACCAUUUUAAAUGUUCCCUAGUUGGCGAAAUAAAGGAUAGUAAAACCGAAGGUGCCUCUAAAAAACCUCCUCCUGAGGCUAAAGAAAAAUUGAACAAGCUAGAUAGUAAUUUACGUUUGAAAAGGGCAGUGGAGUAUCCUGAGCCUGAAGGAACGGUACAUAUUAAUUACACUGAAGUUCUACGAAGAAUUGGAAAAAAUCUUCAUGAUGCAGCACACAGGUCAUCAGUCUUCCCUGCGUUUUUAAUGCAAGAUGAAAUCCAAGUUCAUUCUUCAGUUCAGGAGCCAGAAAAUGCAAAGUUCCACGGUGAAAGUACUGAAAUUCCAUUAGUAACGCCUGUAACUUUUGCAGCGGAACUCCAUAACGCAGUGCAGGAAGAAUUAAAUGAAGAAACAGAUGCCAGGUCGGAUGUUGGAACUGAAAUUCCAUUAUUUACAUCUGAAACUUUAAUAACGAAACCCCACGAAGCAACACAGGAAGAAUACUUAAAUGAAGGUUCUGGUGAAGACAUUUACUUAGACGAUAUAGAGGAUACGGAGAGUUCUAUUUUGGAAUAUACAGGUUCUGUGACUGGUUCUCACCAUAUUAAAUAUCUAGAAAACUUGCGUUACCAUGGUGAUGAGCCUAAAGAAUUUAUAACCGAUUUGUCGAAAAACUUCGCUGCUAGAGCCAUAUCCAUUAUUCGAAAAAUUUUUGAUCCGAAUUUAAAAAUUGAGGCUUUCAAGUAUCCUGAUGGAACUGUACGUGUAUACUGGGAGCAUCCAUUUAAAGCCCCGUUCCAAACUCUCGUUUGUCGUCCAGCAGACUAUAUUGAAAGAUAUUUUGCGAAAUCAUUCACAUGUAUUGUGUAUCUUUAAUUGUUUGUGUCAAACUGAUAAGUACACGGAUGCAAUUCAAAUAAGACUUUGUUAAGAUGCUUAUUACUGUAGCCAAUGUAAGAAAUUACGACGGAUCAAGUACCUCACGCUUCUGUUAAUAUGAAAUUCCAAAGGAACUUGAAAUUUAAAAAUCUUGGAACAUCUGAGAUGUUUACCGAGGAAUUUUUCUGUAAACUCGGAUAAUGUUAAUUCUUAAUGUUAAGUUUUUAACAUGUUAUUUCUGUAUUUAAUAAAAUCGGAAUUGUA